CUCAGGUCUCGCUUCCGCUCGUUUCCAGGCAACACUGGCCCCGCCCCGCGAUGGCGCCUGAGGACCACGAGGGGGCCACGUCUCUGCUGCAGAGUUUCGAGCGCCGCUUCCUGGCGGCUCGCGCGCUUCCCUCCUUUCCCUGGCAGAGCCUAGAAGAGAAAUUAAGGGAGCCCUCGGGUUCUGAGCUGCUGCUGGCUAUUCUGCAGAAGACUGUGAAGCACCCUGUGUGUGUACAGCACCUGCCGUCUGUGAAGUACGCCCGCUGCUUUCUCUCAAAGCUCAUCAAAAAGGUCAAUGAUGGGCAGUGGCUGCCAGGGCCGGGCCACAUAGGGGAACACAGAGGUCCACAGCUCUGCCAGCAUGAAGCUGUGCCCACAGAGCCUUUGGAUGCACUGUAUGAGGCGCUGGCAGAGGUCCUGAUGGCCAAAGAGUCCUCCCAGUGCCACCGGAGCUAUUUGCUGCCUUCAGGAGACUCAGUCACACUCUCUGAGAGCACAGCCAUCGUGUCCCAUGGCACCACAGGCUUGGUUACCUGGGAUGCGGCUCUCUACCUGGCAGAGUGGGCCAUCAAGAACCCAGCAGCCUUCACUGACAGGACUGUCCUGGAGCUAGGCAGUGGAGCUGGCCUCACAGGCCUGGCUAUUUGCAAGGCGUGCUACCCCAGAGCAUUCAUCUUCAGCGACUGUCACGGCCAAGUGCUUGAGCAGCUCCGUGGAAAUGUGCUCCUCAACGGCUUCUCCUUAGAGCUGUACACUCCCACUGACCCAAGCAGCCCAAAGGUGACAGUGGCCGAUCUGGACUGGGACGAGGUGACAGCCGCUCAGCUCUCUGCCUUCCAGGCAGAUGUUGUCAUUGCAGCAGAUGUGCUAUACUGCGGGGAAGUGACACUGUCAUUGGUCAGGGUCCUGAAGAUGCUCAGCGCCUGCCAGAGGAUGAAUGCUCCUGUUGUCUACGUGGCCUAUACCAUCCGCAGCCAAGACACGGGCAAGCUGUUCAUCACAGAGCUGGAGCGCGCAGGGAUCUACUGGGAAGAGGUGCCUCCUCAUGCCGGCCAACUGUUCCCUUAUGAAGAGCACUCGGCCAUCGUAAUCCUGAAGCUCGUGCUGAAUGGUUGCCACAGUGUUGGAAGGUGAUUGGAAAAAUGAGAUCGCUGUCAUGGGAAGAGUCCACGGGAGAGCUGAAAAGGCUUUUGUUGGGCAGGAAUGUUAAAUAACAAACCACAGAUGUACAGUAAGCACAGGCUUUGAGUGCUGGUGCCUGUCCUCAGCAACUCAUCUGGAAUGGACACAGGCUCAGAGCAAGCAUUUCCUUUGCACUAAUAAAAACAUGAAUUUAUCAAGUA